UCGGGUGGCUUUAAAUGUCGAUCGAUACCGAAAGGGGGCGUUACGCGUGUUUGUUUUUGAACGAUCGCUCGGUCGUUUGGAGUGUGUCAUGAGGUCCGUUUCGCUUUGGGUAGAGAAACUACAGGACCGAGAUAAGAAUGGAGAACAGUGCAUAUACGAUCUCGCCUUCAGACCUGACGGAUCGCAAUUAAUCGUAGCCGCUGGCUACCGUGUCUUAGUAUACGACACUAACGACGGAUCGCUGGUGCAGGCCCUGAAAGGCCACAAAGACGUAGUUUAUGCCGUUUGUUACUCGAAAGAUGGCAAGAGAUUCGCUUCCGGAUCGGCAGAUAAACAAGUCAUUAUCUGGACUUCCAAGCUCGAAGGCAUAUUAAAGUAUUCCCAUCACGAUGCCAUCCAGUGCCUGGCCUACAAUCCCGUGUCGCAUCAGCUCACCAGCUGCGCCUGCUCGGAUUUCGGGUUGUGGUCUCCGGAGCAGAAGUCCGUCACCAAGCACCGGGUCAGUAGCCGCAUCACCUGCUGCAGUUGGACCAACGACGGGCAUCACCUGGCGCUCGGUCUUGUCAACGGCUACGUCAGCAUCCGGAGCAGGAACGGAGACGAGAAGAUCAAGACGGAGAGACCUGGCGGCAAACUCUCUCCGGUUUGGGGCGUGUGCUGGAAUCCGUCCCGGGAGGACAACGCCGAUGUCCUGGCUGUCGUCGACUGGGGCCAGAUGCUCUCCUUCUAUAACUCUGCGGGGAAAUUAAUAGGGAAGGAGCGCUCCUUGGGGUUCGAUCCCAUGUGCGUCGGUUAUUUUUCGAACGGCGAUUACAUUCUCGUCGGCGGUUCCAACAAGCAGUCCGUCCUGUAUACGAGAGAAGGUAUUAUGGUCGGAACGGUGGCCGAACAGAGUUCUUGGGUUUGGUGUUGCAGCGCCAGGCCGGAUUCGCAACACGUUGCCGUAGGUAGUCAGGACGGGACCAUUUCUUACUAUGACGUUGGAUUUUCUACCGUCCACAGCUUGUAUAAAGAACGUUAUGCUUAUAGAGAGAACAUGACGGACGUCAUCAUCCAACACCUGAUAACGGAAGAGAAGGUUAGAAUAAAGUGCCGAGACUUUAUCAAGAAACUUGCUAUAUUUAAACACAGACUGGCAGUGCAGUUGCCGGAACGAAUUAUCAUUUACGAAUUGACGAAAGGUGAUGCAAACGAUAUGCAUUAUCGCGUGAAAGAAAAGAUUAAUCAGAAAGUCGAAUGUACCUUAUUGGUGGUCUGUGCCAAUCAUAUUGUUCUGUGUAGAGAGAAAAGGUUGCAGUGUAUGUCUUUCCAAGGCGUUAAAGAAAGAGAUUGGGUGAUGGAAUCGUCGAUAAGAUACAUUAAAGUGACGGGAGGACCCACCGGUCGCGAGGGACUGUUGGUAGGUUUGAAAAACGGUCAAGUGGUGAAAAUAUUUGUCGAUAACCCUUUUCCGUUGCCUAUUUUGAAGAUACCUUCUGCCAUUCGGUGCCUGGAUCUCAGUGCGGCUCGACGUAAGUUGGCCAUCGUAGAUGACAUGGGGACGUGUUUAGUGUUUGACAUUAAUACGAAAGAAUUACUUUUUCAAGAACCAAAUGCAAAUAGUGUUGCUUGGAAUAGCCAAAACGAGGACAUGUUAUGUUUCUCGGGUGCGGGUUAUUUGAAUAUCAAAGCCGGAAAUUUCCCUACUCAUCAGCAGAAACUUCAGGGAUUUGUCGUUGGUUUUUGUGGCUCUAAAAUCUUUUGUCUGCACUAUAAUAACAUGUCGAGUAUCGAAGUUCCUCAGUCGACGCCAAUGUAUCAGUAUCUAGAGAAGAAAAUGUUUAACGAAGCUUAUAAAGUGGCAUGUUUAGGAGUAACAGAAAAUGAUUGGAAAGCAUUAGCUCACGGUUCUUUAGAGAAUUUAAAUGUUUCUGUCGCAAAGCAAGCAUUUAUUCGUGUGCGAGAUUUACUUUACUUGCAAUUAAUCGGUAGCAUAGAAGAGAGAAAGAAAAAGAAUGAAUCAAAUGAUGUGUUUCUUGGUGAUAUUUAUGCAGCUCAGGGAAAGUUUGCAGAUGCAGCUAAGCUAUAUAAAAAGUCCGGUAACGAAAGUAAAGCUAUGACAAUGUAUACGGACUUGAGAAAAUUUGAUUUAGCUCAGGAAUUUCUCUCUUCAGAUGAUGUUCAAGAUAAGAAGAUAUUAAUAAAAAAGAAGGCCGACUGGGCUCGUAAUAUUAAUGAACCUAAAGCGGCGGCUGAGAUGUAUCUGUCGGCCGGAGAAACUAUGAAAGCCAUAGAAAUAAUUGGCGAACAUGGAUGGGUGGACAUGCUGAUGGAUAUCGGAAGACACCUGGAUAAAGCAGAUCAAAUGGCAUUGGCCACCAUUGCUGAAUCUUUGAGGAAACACAAACAGUACCAGUAUGCUGCAGAAAUUUACCGUAAGAUGCACGACGUACACGCUCUGAUAAAACUUUACGUGGAGGCACAUCAGUGGGAAGAAGCUUUUGUCCUGGCUGAACAACAUACGGAAUUUAAAGAGGAAGUUUAUGUACCUUAUGCUAAUUGGCUAGCAGAAAACGAUCGGUUUGUUGAAGCUCAAAAGGCAUUUCACAAAGCCGGAAGACAAGACGAAGCACUUAGAGUGUUGGAAGAAUUAACACAUAAUGCGGUGAAUGAAAGUAGAUUUAAUGAUGCUGGAUAUUACUAUUGGCUACUUUCUAUUCAGUGUUUGGAUAUUGCUGGAGAAGAUGAAACGCAAACUAAAAUAAUGUUAAAUAAAUUUGACAAGUAUCAGAAAAGAGCAGAAAUAUACUAUGCUUACCACAACAUUCACAGAUUUAUUGAAGAGCCGUUCACCUCGUUUUUCUCGGAAGCACUCUUCAACAUGGCUCGAUAUUUGUUGCAUCAAAUGAUUGGAGACAGUUUACCGGAUGUUUCAAGAGUUGCAAUUUUAUAUGCUCUGGCAAAACAGAGUCGGACUCUUGGCGCUUAUAAAUUGGCACGCCACGCGUACGACAAAUUGCAAUCUCUGCACAUUCCUGCGAGAUUCCAAGAAAUUAUCGACCUCGGUGCAGUGAAGAUAAGAUCGAAACCUUUCAGCGAUGCCGAAGAUCUCCUACCUCUGUGUUAUCGUUGCUCUACCACAAAUCCACUUCUCAAUAAUCAAGGAAAUUGUUGCAUUAACUGUAAACAACCAUUUGUCCAUUCGUUUGUCUCUUUCGACAUUCUCCCUCUAGUGGAAUUCAUUUUGGAAGAGGGAAUUUCUGAUGAAGAAGCCAUGAGAUUAUUAGAAAUGGAACCACAAUCUUCAUUUGAGCAGCCACAAAAUUUUACCGGAGUGGAUGCAGGAAGUUACCAGGCACUGCGUUUUGAUGACAAUCUGGAAAAUGACUCCGAAGCAGAUCCGUUUACUGCCCGCCUAAUGAGCUUCGAAGAAGGAGGAUUAGACUUUGUCCCAGUGAUCGUCAGUCGCAGCGUGCUCCAGAGCAUGAAUCGCACUGACGUGAUAGUCUGCAAGUGGCCGCUACCCCGUCACUACCAGUAUUUUCGUAAUCUGAUGCCUGACGUGCAGAUCACUCAGUGCGAAUCGUGCAAGAAACUCUUUCACACAGACGAUUACGAGUUGCAGGUGUUACAGAAAGGUCACUGUCCGUUCUGUCGGUUCAAUCCGGAAGAAAUGCAAAAUGUCGACAUCAGUUAGAUCGUACAAAAAAUUAUUUAUUUAUGCACGCACAGCUAGUGUACAACACAUAUUUUUGUAUAUUUUGUUACAUUUCACUGUUGUUUUAAAAUUUAUAUGAUAUUAAACAUCAUUCCUGUUUACUCAGGUUUCAUUUCUGUGUAUAGAAUUGCAUAUCGGCACAUCACAUUGUCUGUCUCCGAAAAGAAUCGAUAAUGGGGACAUGAAACGUUAUUAAACCUACAUUUCAAUAAAUAUCUAAUAAAAUUAGGCAAUGCAACGAAUUGACAGCGAGACAAACUCUCCUAU